AUGGGCCGGUUGCAAAUUUUCCACAGCAUGUACCUGAGAAGCAUUGCCCGCGCCCCUUACCUGCUCUGUGCCGGGAUCCGGCAGCACCCACAGGGGUUAAUCCAGCGGAGGCGAUCUGGAUGGUGCCGUUAUAAAGCUGUGAUCUUUGACGCCAGCAGAAUGGUCCUCCCGUCCCCUUACAAGACAGCCGCGGACUGGGAGGCUCGGAAUUGUAUUCCAGCCGGCACCAUCCAGCAAGCUCUACUCUCUGGAGGGGAAAAUAGUCCCUCGCUGAAGUACACAAGAGGAGAGCUGACGACUGUGGAGUUUUUGCAGGAACUGGGACAGCGGUGUUUUGAGAUUGCAAAUGUCUGUGUUCCCGUGGACUCUUUUCUCUCCGACUUAAUCAGAAAUGAGAUGAUAAAACAGCUCCCCAUAAUGGCAGAAGCAGUACAGUGUAUCCGUGCAGAAGGUCUUAAGACAGCUCUUCUAAGUAACAACUUCUGUCUGCUGAAUGGAGAGAGCUUUCUGCCCCUGGACCGAAAGCACUUUGAUGUGAUGGUUGAAUCUGAUCGGGAAGGAAUGCACAAGCCAGAUCCUCGUAUCUACAAGCUGUGCUUGGAGUGGUUGGGCGUUCAGCCCCAGGAAUCCAUCUUCCUCGACAGCAGCAGCCAGAACCUAAAUGCAGCAGCCCAGCUUGGCAUUAAAACGGUGAAGGUCGAUGAUCCAGAAGUAGCACUCAAGGAGCUGGAAACCUAUCUGGGUUUUCCUUUGCAAGGGUUUGUUCCAUAUACUCGUUCAGUGAGACCAGGCAUGGAAAUCCCAAAAGAUCGUCUGCAAAAGUACCUUGAAAGUGUUCUCAGUGACCAGGCAACAGGCCCACUGGUGUUACGGCAGUUUGGCUACGGACAGUCUACCCAGACCUUUUGCAUCAAGUUUGGAGAUUGCUUGCUGGUGCUGAAGAAGGAGCCCUCUGACAGCCUGCAUCCCUCGGGCUCUGCUGUCAGGAGGGAAUACAGGGUACUGAAGGCACUCUCUGAGGCUGGUGUUCCUGUUCCCACUGUACUUGCUCUCUGCGAGGACAGAAGCACUCUUGGCACACCUUUCUACCUGAUGGAGCACUGUGCUGGCCGUGUCUACAGGGACGUCUCCCUCCCCACACUGCAGCCUAGCCAGCGGAGGGCUACUUAUGCUGCCAUGAGUCAAGUCCUCUCCAAGAUCCACAGCGUAGAGCUCAGAGCAGACAAGCUGGAGGACCUUGGGGAGCAUGCUAAUUACAUUCAGCAGCAAGUUGAGACCUGGACAAAGCAGUAUCGAGCUAUGGAAACUCAUGUUAUCCCUGCCAUGGAGAGACUCAUCGAGUGGCUGCCUCUGCAUUUUCCUGAAUCUCAGAAGACGACAGUUGUGCAUGGUGAUUUCAGGAUGGACAACCUGGUCUUUCAUCCAGACAGGCCAGAAGUCCUUGCUGUCCUUGGCUGGAAGCUUUCAACUCUAGGAGAUCCCAUCUCUGAUUUGGCGAAUAACUGUAUGGCCUACUUCCUGCCACCUCACUUUAAUGCACUGAGAGGCUUGAGGAAGUGUGAUUUAGGGCGUCUGGGAAUCCCCACGGCAGAGGAGUAUUCCCAGAUGUACUAUGACCACAUGGGAGUAGAGCACCCCGAGAACUGGAACUUCUACAUGGCCUUUGCCUAUUUCCGACUGGCUGCAAUGCUGCAGGGACUCUACAAACGCUCUCUGGCAGGUGAAAGCAGCCCAGAGGAUGCAGAGUUUGUGGCCGACCUGGCUUGGGAGUUCGCCAUAAAAGAAGGAUUCCGUGUAUUUGACAGCCUCCCCACCACAAAGCCUCUCGCAAGACAUUACAGCACCUGGGCCAGACGAGGGCCGUUCCUCAGCAGGAGCUAUGGCAGGCGCAAUCCCGGCCAGCGAUUCCAGGACUGA